AUGCCGCGUAGCAUUCGAUGGGACGGUGUCUGCAAGCUACUUGCAGAGUUUGCUCCUGGAACACCUCAGUGGAAAGUGGAGGAUAUUCCAGACCUCACAGGCAAAGUUGCUAUCGUCACGGGCGGAAAUGCAGGGAUUGGAUACGAGAUUGUCAAGGCAUUAUUAACCAAGCACGCCAAAGUCUAUCUCACGUCUCGCUCAACUACGAACGGAGAGGUUGCGGUCCGCAAGUUGCGCGAUGAAGUGAAGGACGCAGACGUCCACGUGCUUGAGAUUAACCUCGCUGACAUGUCAAGCGUGAAGAGGGCGGCAUCAGCUUUCCAAAGCAAAGAGACCCAGCUGCAUCUCCUUAUCAACAACGCUGGUGUAAUGUCUCCACCAGUCGACCAUGUGACCGCCCAAGGCUAUGACCUUCAGUUCGGAACCAACGUCUUGGGUCACUACUAUUUCACUCACCUUCUCCUCCCAACUCUCAAAUCCACCUCUUCUUCUAUUUCCGCCACUGACCCUAUCGGUGUGCGGAUCGUUGAGUUGGCUUCAGACGCACAUCUCCUUAGUGCGUUCACCGGUGGAGAGGUAAUCAAGCUUGAGACUCUCAAAGAUGGGGACACAAGAAGGGCCGUCGGAACUACGCAGUUGUAUAUGCAGAGCAAAUCUGGGAAUAUCCUGGUUGCGGCUGCACGUGCAAGAAAGAUGACGGAAUUAGGUAUCAACAUCUUUACAGCAAGCGCCAAUCCAGGGCGCAUUGAGUCAAAUCUUCAACGCCAUGCACCUGCGAUGGGCCAGAUACUCAGCAAGCCAAUGCUGUACCCCACAAAGAUGGGCGCGUUGACUCCCUUGUAUGUCGCUACGUCUCCCGAGGCGCUCAAACAUAACGGAAAGUACUUUGCGCCGUGGGCAAGACGCAAGGAGCCACGUAUCGAUCACGAGAACAAUAUCGAAGUGGAGACAAACUCAUUGGUUGGCUCGAGGAACAGACAUCCUCGUUUGAGAGCAAUAACGAUAUAUCCUAACUAG